AUGGCCUCUCCAGAACCACACAUCAUCGAGCUGGCCAAGAGAAUUGCCGCAAACACGGACAAAUUGCAGAGUUACCUAACUUCCCAUGGUCUCCCCACGCCAUCCUUCGACGUCGACGGACCGAAGGACACCCUGGUACCCAAAACAGAGACAGACGCCGAGGCAGCACGCGUUGCCAUUGUCGAUGACACGCAGGAGCUACGCCGUCUGGUUCUCGGGCCUCGGGAGUACCUCAUGAGCUACACGCACAACGAGCUUCUCAGCCAGCAAGCCAUCGCGCGUUUCCGCCUCGCGCAUGCUUUCGCCCCCGGCACUGAGUCCUCGUUUGGAGACAUUGCCGCGGCCACGGGGCUGCCGGAGAUCAAUGUCCGCCAGAUCAUCCGCCAUGCCAUCGUCAAGGACAUCUUUGUAGAACCCCGCCCAGGUGUCGUGGCUCACAAUGCCGUGUCGCGCCUGCUUGCCGAGGACCCGGUCAUCCACGACUGGGUGGGCGCGAGCAACGACGACCUCUGGCAGGGCGCAGCCCAGACUUGCAACGCGCUGGAGAAGUAUCCAGGCUCGCAGGAACCGAAUGAGACGGGUUUCGCCUUGGCGAAUAGCACCAACGCAACCGUGUACCAGGUGUUCUCUCAGUUCCCGGAGCGCGCCCGUCGGUUCGGCAACGCCAUGCGGGCUUUUACCGAGGGCACCGGCUUCGAGCUCAGCCAUGUUGUUGAUGGCUUCCCAUGGGGAGAGCUUGGGAACGGGACCGUCGUCGACGUCGGCGGUUCCCAGGGGUUCGCAUGCUUUGCCAUCGCCCGCCAGUUUCCCGCCCUUUCGUUCGUGGUCCAAGAUCUCGAGCCCGUCAUCCAGGCGGCCGAGAAGGAGGUCCCCACCGACGUGGCAAACCGCAUGCAAUUCAUGGCGCACGACUUUCUCCUCGAAGACCAACCCGUCAAGGGGGCGGAUGUCUACUUCUUCCGCUGGAUCCUGCACAACUGGUCCGACAAGUACUGCGUCAAGAUCCUCCGUGGCCUAAUCCCCGCCCUCAAAACGGGCGCCAAGGUUGUGUUGAACGAUAAUGUUCUGCCUCAGCCGGGCGUCCUGUCAAGGUGGCAAGAAGACCGCCUCCGGUCCAUGGACCUUUGCAUGACAGAGCUCCAGAACUCUCAUGAGCGAGAGCUCGACGAUUGGGCCAAGGUGUUCGAGCUCGCAGACCCCCGUUUCGAAUUCAAGGGGGGGCAGCGACCCGCUGGUGCGAACCUGUGGCUGAUGGUGGCGGAGUGGAAGGGGUGA